AUGGUAAAUAACAUUCUCAUUUUCAAUUUUUCUUUUACCAAUUUUUAUUCUUUCUUUUUUUGUAUUUUCAUUUUCUAUUUUUUUUUACUUUUCCGUUUUAUUCAUUUUCUUUUUUAUUCUCAUUUUCAGUUUUUCUUUUCUUCUUAUUUUUCUGCUCUUUAUUAUUUCCUUCGUCUUUUCCUUCACAUUUUCAAUAUUUUUUUUUAUUUUCUAAUUUUUAUUCUUUUCUUACUCUUUUCCUUCACAUUUUCAAUUUUUCUUUUCUUCUUCUUAUUCUACUCUUUAUUAUUUCCUUUCCGUUUUCCUUCACAUUUUUAUUUUUUCUUUUCUUCUUCUUUUCCUAGUCUUUAUUAUUUCCUUUCCGUUUUCCUUCACAUUUUUCUUUUUUCUUUUCUUCUUCUUUUCCUAGUCUUUAUUAUUUCCUUUUCCUUUUCCUUCACAUUUUCAAUUUUUCUUUUCUUCUUCUUUUUCUACUCUUUAUUAUUUCCUUUCCCUUUUUCUUCAAAUUUUAAAUUUUUCUUUCUUCUUCUUUUUCUACACUUUAUUAUUUACCUUCCCUUUUCCUUCACAUUUUCAAUUGUUCUUUUCUACUUUUUCUACUCUUUAUUAUUUCCUUUCCAUUUUUCUUCACAUUUUCAUUUUUCUUUCCUUCUUCUUUUUCUACUCUUUAUUAUUUCCUUUUCCUUCACAUUUUCAAUUUUUCUUCUUUUUCUACUCUUUAUUAUUUCCUUUCCCUUUUCCUUCACGUUUUCAAUUUUUCUUUUCUUCUUCUUUUUCUACUCUUUAUUAUUUCCUUUCUAUUUUCUUUCACAUUUUCAUUUUUUCUUUUCUUCUUCUUUUUCUAGUCUUUAUUAUUUCCUUUCCCUUUUCCUUCACGUUUUCAAUUUUUCUUUUCUUCUUCUUUUUCUACUCUUUAUUAUUUCCUUUCUAUUUUCUUUCACAUUUUCAUUUUUUCUUUUCUUCUUCUUUUUCUAUUUUUCUUUUCUUCUUUUUCUACUCUUUAUUAUUUCCUUUCCAUUUUCUUUCACAUUUUCAUUUUUUCUUUCCUUCUUCUUUUUCUACUCUUUAUUAUUUACAUUCAAUUUCCUUCACAUUUUCAUUUUUUCUUUCCAUCUUCUUUUUCUACUCUUUAUUAUUUCCUUUCCAUUUUCCUUCACGUUUUCAAUUUUUCUUUUCUUCUUUUUCUACUCUUUAUUAUUUCCUUUCCAUUUUCUUUCACAUUUUCACUUUUUCUUUCCUUCUUCUUUUUCUACUCUUUAUUAUUUCCUUUCCAUUUUCCUUCACGUUUUCAAUUUUUCUUUUCUUCUUCUUUUUCUACUCUUUAUUAUUUCCUUUCCAUUUUCUUUCACAUUUUCAUUUUUUCUUUCCUUCUUCUUUUUCUACUCUUUAUUAUUUACAUUCAAUUUCCUUCACAUUUUCAUUUUUUCUUUCCAUCUUCUUUUUCUACUCUUUAUUAUUUCCUUUCCAUUUUUCCUUCACGUUUUUUCAAUUUUUUCUUUUCUUUUUUUCUACUCUUUAUUAUUUCCUUUCCAUUUUCUUUCACAUUUUCAUUUUUUCUUUCCUUCUUCUUUUUCUACUCUUUAUUAUUUACCUUCCCUUUUCCAUCACAUUUUCAAUUUUUCCUUUCUUCUUCUUUUUCUAGUCUUUAUUAUUUCCUUUCCCUUUUCCUUCACGUUUUCAAUAUUUUCUUCUUCAUUUUCUAGUUUUUAUUCUUUCCUUUCUCUUUUCUUUCACAUUUUCAAUUUUCUGUUUUUUUCUUUUUCUAGUCGUCAUUAUUUCCUUCACAUAUUCAAUUUUUUCCUUCCUUCUUUUUCUAUCAUCUUCUUAAUUCUUUCUUAUUCUCAAUUUCUGUUUUUCUUUUCUUUUUCUUUUUCUAGUUUUUAUUCUUUCCUUCCUCUUUUCCUUCCCAUUUUCAUUCUUUUCUUCUUCAUUUUCUAUUUUUUUUCUUUCCUUCUUCUUUUCCUUCAUAUUUUCAUUUUUUUUCUUUUCUUUUUCUUUUUCUAUUUUUUUUUUCCUUCCUCAUUUCUUUCACGCUUUCCAUCUUUUCUUCCUUUUCUAGUUUUUAUUCUUUCCUUCUUCUUUUCCUUCAUAUUUUCAUUUUUUUUCUUUUCUUUUUCUUUUUCUAGUCUUUAUUCUUUCCUUCCUCUUUUCCUUCACAUUUUCAUUCUUUUCUUCUUCAUUUUCUAUUUUUAUUCUUUCCUUCUUCUUUUCCUUCAUAUUUUCAUUUUUUCUUUUCUUCUUCUUUUUCUACUCUUUAUUAUUUCCUUUUCCUUUUCCUUCACAUUUUCAAUUUUUCUUUUCUUCUUCUUUUUCUACUCUUUAUUAUUUCCUUUCCAUUUUCCUUCACGUUUUCAAUUUUUCUUUUCUUCUUUUUCUACUCUUUAUUAUUUACAUUCAAUUUCCUUCACAUUUUCAUUUUUUCUUUCCAUCUUCUUUUUCUACUCUUUAUUAUUUCCUUUCCAUUUUCUUUCACAUUUUCUUUAUUCUUUCCUUCCUCUUUUCUUUCACAUUUUCAUUUUUUUCUUACUUCAUUUUCUAUUUUUAUACUUUCCUUCAUCUUUUCCUUCAUAUUUUCAAUUUUUCUUUUCUUCUUCUCUUUCUAUUUUUUAUCUUUUCUUCUCUCUUUUUCCACUAUUUUUCAAUUCCUCCUUCUUCUGUCCUUCAUCUUUUUUACUGCUACAGGAUUUAGUCUUUCUUUUCUUUUUUAUAGUCAUUUCUUUUUUCUUCGCCUCCCUCCUUUUUUCGUAUUUUAUUCAUCUUUACCAUGUUUUUUCUCUUAAUUCUUCUUCCAUUUUUUCAAAGGCCUUAAUAAACAAAGUGUCCCACCACAGGACAGCUCGGUUUCCAAACCCGACUUACUGCAACAGGGAUGUACACUUUCUUCCUCUCUUUGGUUUUCUUCUUUCUUUCCUUCUUCUUCUUUACACAAUUCAGCUUAUAACAGAGGUAUACACUUUCUUCUCUGGUUUUCCCUUUUCUUUCUUUACACAAUUCGACUUCGUCUGCUUUUCCUUUCUGUCUCUGUGUCUCUCUCUCUCUCUCUCUCUUUCUCACUCUUUCUCUCUCUGUGGCUGUUUCUAUCUAUCUAUCUAUCUAUCUAUCUAUCUCUCAGUGUGUUUAUGUGUCGCUCUCUGUGGGAUUCAUUUUGUCCUUUAA